UAUCUCUCUUUAAAGACUUGUAUAAUAAAGCAGCAGUUUCACUUGCCGUCCCUUGUUUUACCCAAUUCUUCCUUACAUUCGGUCUCAUCCUCCUUCUGCUGUCUUGUCUCGCCAUGGCCAUCCCGACGACGAUGCGCGCGCUCGUGGCACCGCGAAAGUGCGGAGCGGACGCCUAUGAGGUGAUUGAGCUGCCGGUGCCGAGCGUCACACUGCCGACGCAUGUGUUGCUCAAGGUGCAUGCGGCGGCGAUGAACACGGGAGAGCUGCAGGCGCUUGACGGGCGGUUUGGGUUGAUUUACACGCCCCAAUAUCCGGCUCCCAUUGGCCUCGAAGGGUCCGGCGUCGUAGUCGCCGUCGGGUCGGCAGUCAAGAGGUUCAAAGUCGGCGAUCACGUCUACGGCGCAUACAUUGAAAAGCCCCUCUUCCGCAAGCCCCCCGCGGGCUUUGCCGCCGAGUACUCCCUCGUGGAGGAGGAUUACCUGCUGCCCAAGCCGGCGCAUCUAUCCUGGGAAGAGGCCGCCUCGCUGACCACGGUGGUGGUGACGUCGUACCAGACCUGGCGCCGGGGCAUGCAGCUCAUGGGCGUGCAGAGCCUGGAGGGCAAGACGGUGUACAUCCCCGCUGGGUUGAGCAGCACCGGUUCGAUGGCGGCGCAGGUGGCCAAGAAGGUGCUCGGCGCGGACAAGAUUAUCACAACGGUGUCGACGGGCAAGAUGGACUUGGUGGAGCGGUACUUGCCGGGGGUGUUUGCCCAGGUGAUUGACUAUAAGACGCAGAGGCCGCGCGAGCAGGUUCCGCGCGGGAGCGUGGACAUUAUGUACAACACGCAGUGGGAUAGCAUGGACGAGGGUAUUCCAAUGAUCAACCCCAAGACGGGCGUGCUAGUGUCCAUUGCGAGCGCGCCGGGCAAGGAGACGGUGAGGACGAUGAUGGGCGCGGACAGGUAUCACUGGUGGAUUGGCGUGCUGCUGGACCUGGCGGGGCUGAUUUACAAGUGGAAGCUGAGGGGAACAAACAUUCCGCACGAGUUUGUGUCGGGCGGCGUGGAGAUCCGGGAGGACCUGGAGGCGGCGGGGGAGAUUGUGGCGCUGGGGAAGGUGAGUGCGGUGAUGAGGGUGGUGGAGUUGGGGGAUCUGGAGGCCGUUCGGAAGGGUUGCGGGGAGGUGGUUUCUGGGAAGGGGGGGAUAGGGAAGCUGGUGGUGAAGAUAUUGUGAUGGGAGCAGCUUUGGCUUUUUGGUUCUGCAUAGUUGGGGUUGAGAACUGGCUUAAUAUGUGAGCGAGGGUCCUUGAGCGGAUGUGGUUGAUUCAUGCACGGUGUUGUAUUUGAAUUGUCUUAUACUUUGCAUUUAUACUUUUAUUAUUCCGUCUUGAUAUUCUUAAUAUAUCAUCUUGUAUACCAUUUGAUGUGCCUACUGCUUUAUAUGUCAAAUGCUUUCAUCAAUAGCUGUGAAAUUGUUGCUGUCAUACGCAGCUGCCAAGAUGUAAGCCAUGUGUAAUUCGUCAAGUGAGGCGACAUCCCAUAGAUGACACACUGAGAAGCUUUCACUAAUUAGGUGUGUAUUUCUCCAGCUUGUCUUUACAACAUUAUCUACUUGGAAUUGCACAAUGAGCAAGGUUUUAUUCGAGAUGUGAGGCGAUUUGUGGUUUAGGUUGUACUCGGGAGGCUGAAGCUUUGUGACUGUCCAACCUAAUAUACGAAUAGAUGCAAUUCAAAGACCACACCGAAAUCAAUGUAUCCUUUUUUGGUAAUUGAAGGCUUGACUUUUUUCACUGCCCCAAGAUAAAUCCCAGGAUAGAUUGUACGGCCUGCUCUUAUCCAGCGAGCCAAUUGUUUCAACGAUACAGCCAACUAUGAGGAUCAAACAUCCGCCUCAAGAUGAACUUGCAGCAGCCAUCAAGAUUUGGCAAC